AUGUUGUUUCAAUCGCUUAGGGCAUCUCGGUCCAUUGUGACCCGAGUGGCUCGGCAACAGAGCUCGUUCGCUAUUCGAACUUUCGCGACUUCAUCUGCCAGACAAGCCGACGCGGUUCAGGACCUCUAUCUUCGCGAACUUCGAGCCUACAAACCCGCACCUGUCAAGGCCUCUGAUGCCGACGCCUACGUGCAGAAGUUCGCUAUGCCUGCAACACCUCCCUCCCCGGAGGAAGCCAACAUUGCGGGUGAUCUGAAGGCGUAUGAGACCCAGGAAGUCGAGGUUGAAGGCCAAACAGCGCCCGGAGAGACCGCCGCUGUUGAAGAGGACUGGUUUGAGAUGCCAGAAGAGGAAACGCCCGCUGCUCACUAA